GCCGGCGGCUUUGUCUGGGCUGCAAGCACCGCUACGCCAUACGCAUGCGCGGCGGUAUUGUUGUGCCAUGGCCCGAGAGCUGAUGGGGCCGGCGCUGCCCCCGGGCUUUGCCUGCUGUGCCGAGGCGGACCCGGACGAGGACUUCAGCCAGGUUGCAGGUCCAGUAUUGCCUCCUGGCUACAAAAAAAGCUCAGAAAUGCAUGACAGUGAUGAAGGCUCCAAGUCUCCUCCUCUGCUCAGAGAAGCAAAUAGAGAUUCUGAAGAGGAGCAGGACACUGAUCCAGUACCCAAAAAACAGAAAAGAGCUCAGGAAGAUGAUGAUGACGAUGAUGGCUUUUUUGGACCUGCUCUUCCUCCUGGAUUUAAAAAGCAGGAUGAUUCUCCAGAGAGGCCUGUUAUAGGUCCUGCUUUACCACCUGGUUUUAGGAAACCUACACAGUAUAGCGAGGAUAACAGCUGUUCCAUAGGAUCUUCUGUUUCUUCAGAAUUCCAUACCCAGGCAACAGAUAGUAGUGAGGAAGAUGAUGCUGUCAUAGGUCCAAUGCCUGCAAAAGGACCAGUAGAAUCCAGUGUAACUAGAGACUUUGAACGCAGAGCUCAGCGAAUGAAAGAAAAACUUACUUCUUCAGAUGAUGAUGGGUCCAAGCAAGUUUCAAGGGAGUCUUGGAUGACUGAGCUUCCACCAGAAUUGAAAGGCUUUGGAUUGGGCCCAAGAACUUUCAAGAGAAGAACAGAUGAGAAAUCAGGAGAUAAGUCAAUUUGGACAGAUACUCCAGCCGACAGAGAGAGGAAAGCCCAAGAAAUGCAAGAAGCAAAGAAGUCAACCAGUAAAGGUGAUGAAGAAAUUGUAUUAUCAGCGAGAGACAAGAGACUGGCUGAGCAGCUGUCUUCAUACAAUGACUCAAAAAGAUCAGAAUCUCUCAUGGAUAUGCAUCAUAAAAAAUUAAAGAGCAAAGCAACUGAAGAUAAGAAGCCUCAAGAGAGAAGGCCAUUUGACCGAGACCAGGACCUCCAAGUCAAUCGAUUUGACGAAGUUCAAAAGAAAGCCCUGAUAAAGAAAUCCAGAGAGUUAAACACCAGGUUUUCACAUAGCAAAGGCAAUAUGUUUUUAUAAUACAAAGAUAUGAAGUUUUCUUUCAGGAGAAAUCUAUUAAACUUCAGCAACUUCCAAAACAAAAGUACAUUUUUCUGUAAAUACUUGUGUGCAAAAUAAAUUUCUUUAUGCUUAAAAA